AAUUCGCCGUCGUUCGCAGGCGCUCGGUCUCGCACGUCCGCUCUAUAAUUUUGUGCUCUCAAGUCAACUAGAACUCCAACGAUUAGAGUUUCGCUCGAACGUAGAGGAAGUUCUGCCAAGUGGAAGUUCUAUAUAAACACUCAAGCCACAUCUACAGUCGGAUACUCUCACAUUGUGUUCAACCAGUCAAACGACUCGUAUUUGACCAUUUCUCGGUAAUGCUGUCCGAUAAGCUCAAGUGCGAAAGCGCUACGCAAGCGAACAUGUGCCCCAAAUCCAACAUUCGAGCUUUCGAAGCUAGCCUCAGCGAAUUCAGCUCGGAUAUUCUAAUCGUGAAACAGAACCGCAAAAAUCUGAAAAGUCCGACUCACUUCUGCAAAAUGUGCGGCUAUGGAGACUUUUCGUCAACUCGAGUUCGUCGUCAUCUUCUCCUCCGGCACCACUCGCUCGUGACGAAGGUCAUUCCGGAGAAGACCUCGAUCCUCGCAGAUUGUCUCUUGGCGAACACUCACCCAAGCAGCCACGGACACUCUGACAGCGAACCCGAAUCCCCAUUAUCCGCGAAAAUCUGCGAUGAUCUACCUGAAGAUCUCUCGGUUCACUCAGACGUUUCCGUUUCGGACAACGAUGAGAACAUCCAGGUCGUACCCCAAUUGAAACCCACGAUGAAAGUUAAGGAAAUUACGAAAUCGGUCACCGUCCGGACGCCGAAGAAAACGGCGUGCAAGAGGAGCGCUCCAUCCACUCAGGCCAACUCGAUACUCAAGCGUCGCUUGCUUGGCGAACAUGUAGUCGAAGAAAUUGAAGCCGGCGAAGCCGCUUUGAAUGCGAGUGAGCUCAACGUGAAGAUGGUCUACCACAACUCGAAGUUCGUCAUCGACUCUUCGGAGGCUUUCUGGCUCCAGGGCUAUAAACUACCUCCUCGAUACGAACUCGCACAACAACAUCAUUGACGGCAGCGAGCGCCACAAUUCUGCUGAAACCACAGCUGUUUACGAACAGCAUGCGAUCUCAAGAUAGAAUGGAAUCUAGUGUCGCGGGGCUGAGGGCGACCUCGAUCCGGAUUUGCCGGUGGUACGGUCCUUCGCAACUCGACAAACUCGCAGGUCAACGAAGUUCCUGGAGCGAGAGGUUCACGAGGGAAGAUGCCAAGCUUUACGCGGAUCAUUCAUGAACUAAUUUAUUUUUCUCCGGCAUUCGGUUUGUCCCGAAUCGUCGCAUAGUGUACACUUUCUGUGAUAAGGGUGGUACUCACGUGACCAACCACUUGACUGUUCCUGUGGACGAGCGAUGACCACUCGUCAAAAAACUCCUCGGAGCUGGACGUCGCGCCCAGGACAUCCUGUACAUGCAAGAAGAUCCGCAAAUCGAAGCGAAUCUCGCUAUUACGCCUCUUCAACCAUCGGGCGAAUAUGAAAAAGUUUGGUCAUGCUUCGGAACCUCGAGAAUCAGACAACGUGUCGACACAGAUCCAUGGAAAAUAAUUUUGUACCUAAUAUAUACGGCAAAUAUACCUAUAUAAAUAUAAUUAUAUUCUGAGAAUUAAUGAAGGUCGAUUAUUUAUCACAACA